AUGGGUCAAACGGGUUCGCGAAGUCAGAAUAGAGGUGAUGGAGUGAUGGUUGGUGAAUCGAAUAGGAUAUAUGAGAUCACAGGAUUGACAGGACAUCGAUAUCCCACUGAAAAGGAAGUGGCGGAAGAACUGGAUCAUCUGAAAAAGAAUUAUCUACGAGGGAUAAUGCAGACUGAGAUAUCAGAUAAUUGCGAUGGAUCAUAUAACGUGAAAUGUCAUAAUUCCAGAGCAUGGGUGGAGAGGGAGGUGGUAGGUCUGGAAAAGGAAUUCAAGGGGUUAAGUAAGAGAAGAUCAUGGUCUAUAAGUCUUGUUGCGACGGAUAAUGGGUGUUCGAGACCUACUGGAGUAGCAUGA